UUGUUUGUAUUUAUGUAAUACUUAAAACUUUUUGUAUUAAUUUCAGAAACGGAAAACACUGGAGAAUGGCUAGAAAGAAAAAAGACUGGGAACCCAAGCAAGGGAAAUGGGACAGAAAAUCUUUGAGUAACGCUGUUCAGUGUGUUAAAACAGGGAAAAUGACCAAGUUUAAAGCUUCUAAAGUAUUUGGCAUUCCAAGAACAACCCUGUCGAGGAGACUUUUAACAAUGGAUUUGGAGUCUCCAGCAUCAAAACCAACCAUUCUGUCUAAAGAAGAAGAAAACACUCUUGUUGGUCACAUUUUGGAAAUGGAGGAACGCGGGUUUGGUUUGACAAUAUCAGAUGUGUGUAAGCUUGCAUAUUCAGUAAUUGCGCAGUCCGGAAGAAAAAAUCCAUUUAAUCAAGAAAAGAAAAUGGCAGGAUAUGACUGGUGGCAGGGAUUUCGAGAUCGGCACCCAUGCUUAUCUCUCCGCAAGCCUGAAGGUCUGAGUGCUGCUCGUAGUACUAUGCUAAAUCCAAAUUACAGUUCAUCAGACAUCAAAAUUGUGGGGAGGAAGGGGAAGAAAGCCAUUCAUGCCAAAACAAGUGGAGAGAGGGGUGAAAACAUCACAGUUUUGUGUUGUGUAAAUGCUGAGGCCCAUGUUUUGCCACCUAUGGUGAUUUUCAAAGGAAAAAGAAUCAGUCAAGCUUUAAUGAGCAGUGCCCCAAAGAACACACUGUUUGCAUGCAGUAAAAGUUCAUUUAUUGAUGGAGAACUCUUUGGAAUGUGGUUUGAAAAGAUUUUCUUGAAGAACCUCUCACCUCAAAGACCAGUGUUACUGAUAGUGGAUGGCCAUGCAUCUCAUAUCACACUUCAUCUUUUCGAAGCAGCGAAGGCCAAUGACGUAGAAAUAUUCUGCUUACCGCCUCACACAACACAUUGGACACAACCACUAGACAGAAGUGUUUUUGGGCCCUUAAAGAAGGCAUACUACAAGCAAUGCGAAUUGUUUUUAAAAUCAAAUCCUGGCAGACAAAUUUCCAGAUAUGACUUUUGCGGCAUUUUCUCACAUGCAUAUAACGAGAAAAUGAACAUGGUAAAUAUCUUUGGAGGUUUUAGAGCCACCGGAAUUUUCCCCUUCAACCCCCUUGCUAUUCCUGCAGAGGCAUUUGGGCCAUCAAAAACUUCUGUCUUAGCUUCAGUCACCAGCACAACCAGUGAGGGAGAAGUUGCAUCAGCUGAAAACAUCACAGUACUGGUAUCCACUGGUCAGCCAGCCCAGGUUCCACAGAGCUCCUCGUCAGUCUCAGAAGAUAUUACAAGAUCACUUCAACUUCCAACAGUUGUCAAAGAACCUGCUGAAAGAAAAACUAAAAAAGUGCUUGGUGCAAGAUGUAUAACAGAAAAUGAAUUCAUCAAUGAAAUCAGACAGAAGGAGGAAAAAAGAGAAAAGGAUCAGAAGGAAAAGGAAAUCAGAAAAAAAGAGCGUGAGGAAAAGAAACAAAAGAAAGAUAUGGAGAAAUUGAAGAAGCAGCUUAAGUCAAAGAAGACAAAAUCAAAAGUCUCUGCAAAGGAGAACACCCCUUCUCAUACUGCUACUAGUGAAGUUACUGAAAACUGCUGCUCCUACUGCGAGGGGUACUAUUAUGACGAGGACUCUGAUGACGAGGACUGGAUAAAGUGUACAGUGUGUGAUGACUGGUACCACGAAUCCUGCACUGGGAAGUAUGGUCGCCAGUUAGAACAUUUUGUAUGUGACAAGCACUGAUAAUUUUUUUUCCUCUUUAAUUUGAUGUUCCACUUUCUCAUGUGUUGCAAAAUGUUUGUAACUUGUGUUAAUUACUUUA